CAGGCCUGUUUGCUCCUCGUCGGCUUCAGUAAAUUUCGGGAAACAUCAUUUCUGCGAGCGCUUUUUAUUUAUUUUUGUAAUUUAUUCCCUCAUUAUAAGCUUUAGAAAUGUUUUCUUUGACGCGUAAACUCGGAUCACUUAAGCCCUGUUAUGAUAGUCUCCUAAGCAGCACAGCGUUGCAGUCUCUUUGCCGAUCUGUGUCAAUGAGGGCCACUAUAUGGACAGGCCAAGAGAAACUUGAAGAUGAUGACCCUGAAAUGUACAACUUGAUUCAACAGGAAAAGGAUCGUCAAGUGAGGGGGCUGGAACUCAUUGCCUCUGAGAACUUCUGCAGUCGUGCUGCCCUCGAGGCCAUGGGAUCUUGUUUAAACAACAAGUAUUCUGAAGGAUACCCUGGUCAAAGAUAUUAUGGAGGAACACAGAUAAUUGAUAAAAUUGAGCUGCUUGUUCAGAAGAGAGCACUUGAAGCCUUUAAUCUGGAUCCAAAAGAGUGGGGUGUGAAUGUUCAACCAUACUCAGGGUCACCUGCUAAUUUUGCUGCAUACACUGGUCUUUUGAAGCCACAUGACAGAAUAAUGGGGCUUGAUUUGCCCCAUGGGGGACAUUUAACUCAUGGCUUCAUGACUGAUACCAAGAGGAUUUCAGCAACUUCAAUCUAUUUUGAGUCAAUGCCAUACAGGCUUAAUGAAGAGACAGGCUUAAUAGACUAUGACAAAUUAGAAGAAACUGCUCGUCUUUUCCGUCCUAAACUGAUCAUCGCAGGAGCCAGUGCCUACUCAAGACUUUAUGACUAUGAGCGAAUGAGAGAGAUUGCUGAUGAACAUAAAGCUGUCUUGCUGGCAGAUAUGGCUCAUAUAAGUGGCCUUGUAGCAGCUGGGGUAAGAAAUGAUUGUUUCUCUUUUUUUGCGUGUCAGCUAAGUAUAACAGAGAAAGGGAGAAAUCAGAUUAGAUUUAUGCAAAUGACUAAGGUCCUCAGGAAAUAUGGUGAAGUCCUUGACUUUCAUUCAGACAUUAUGUAUGAUUUUGACAAGAACAUCGACUUUGCAGUGUUUCCAUCUCUCCAGGGAGGGCCACAUAACCAUGCUAUUGCUGGGGUGGGCGUGGCAUUGAAACAGGCAAAAAGCCCAAUGUUUAAAGAGUAUCAGCUUCAGGUUUUAAAGAAUGCCAAAUCAAUGGCUAAAGCUCUGACUGAUUUAGGAUAUUCUAUAGUGUCAGGUGGUACAGACAACCAUCUUCUUCUACUUGAUCUUAGACCAAGGGGUAUUGACGGAGCUCGUGUGGAGAAAGUUCUGGAAAUGGCAUCAAUCACUGCAAACAAAAAUACCUGCCCUGGGGACAAGAGUGCUUUGAAACCUGGAGGACUUAGAUUAGGUGCACCUGCCCUCACUUCCCGUAACUUCAAAGAAGAUGACUUUGUGAAGGUUAUAGAGUAUUUGGACCGAGGAGUGAAGAUUGCAGUUGAGGCACAAAGUGCAACAGGUGAUGCCAUGAAGGACUUUCUUUCACAUAUUGAAUCUAACCCAGAAACAAAGGCAAAAAUUGACUCUCUCAGAGCAGAUGUGGAGAGUUUUGCAAGAGGUUUCACAAUGCCUGGAUUUGAAAGUCGCUGAUUUGAGAGGCAGUGGAUAACAAGAAUGAGUCUUGAUUAAUGGUCUCCAAUCUUCAAGGACCAAAACUUUCACUCAGUGGAGAGCUUGCUGAAAUGAGGGAAUUUACUAUUACUGAAAAUCUUGAUAAAAGAAAUGAAUUCUUCAUAGAGAGAUACUUGUGAAUUUUUGAUGACUGGCCAAGGGAACUUAUUACUGCUGCAUUGCAGGAGAAGUCAAACAGCUUGAAAAACCUAAACGGCCGAACAAUAUGCUUACAUAUGAAUGCAUUUUAAGAUGACUAUAUUCAAACAUUUUGGUUGGUUUCAUUCAAAGAUAGUGGAGCGAAAUUUUUAUCUAUAAAAGGAUGAGUUGGAAACUCUCAUUCCUUUUUUCUAGCCAAUGUUUUCAUUGAUGCAGUGGCAUCUUGAUAAAAGUCAAAACUACCAGCUGCUCGUACACAAGUGGUGUGGAGGAGUAACCAGGUGAACAAGUUAGUGCCAAAGUCUUGACAAUUUCUUGCAUGUUGCUUUUUGUUUGAUCAGAAUUGGUAACAUUUGGGAAUGUCUUAGAUUUAUCAUUCGUUAUAAGCAUGCAAAAACGUUUCAAAGGUACAACAGAUAUCUAUGAACACAAUAUAUUUUCAGUCUAAUAUACAGCUUAAUCUGAAUUUGAGAUUAAAUAUUGGAAUAGUG